AAUGCUGCAUCUGGAAUGGCUGUGCAUGAUGACUGUAAGCUGAAAUUUUUGGAACUAAAAGCAAAGAGAAGCUACAGGUUCAUCAUUUUCAAAAUUGACGCUCAACAAGUGGUCUUGGAGAAGCUUGGAGACCCCGAAGAAAGCUACGAAGAUUUCACUAACUCUCUACCUGCAGAUGAAUGCCGCUAUGCUGUCUUUGAUUUUGACUUCAUUACUAGUGAAAAUUGCCAAAAAAGCAAGAUUUUCUUCAUUGCCUGGUCUCCCGACACAUCAAAGGUGAGAAUGAAGAUGGUGUACGCAAGCUCAAAGGACAGAUUCAAGAGAGAACUAGAUGGAAUUCAAGUUGAACUGCAAGCAACAGAUCCUAGCGAAAUGAGCCUUGACAUUAUAAAAUCGCGAGCACUUUGAAUCUCAUCAUACCCAUCUC